AUGUCACGAAGGAAAUUUGAUGAUUCAUCACAUGAAUCUGAUCAAUGUUAUCGAAGAAAAAGGUCACGACCUAUUUGCUAUACUUCAGAUGACAGUAUAUCAGAGCAAGAAUAUAGUAUCGACAACUCAUGCGUUAGGCUUUCUAAUUUACAUUUGUCUCCGAAUACAAUGCUCCAAGAAACAGAAUGGCAAACAAUUCCAACGACACAAGCGGAAGAAGAAGUGGCAGAACCAGAUCGUGGGCAAGACGCGGAACUUCUAAUGGAAAAUAUUAAUUGCAAUGACCCGUUCGAAAUAUAUGAACUAUUCGUAACCGACAGCAUAAUCCUACUUAUGGUCCAACAAACAAACAAAUAUGCCAUACAAAUUGGCACUGAUAAUAAAACAAAAAAACAUCAGAGCUCCUGGACACCUGUUUCAAUAGGCGAAAUGAAGGCCUUUCUCGGUAUAUUAUUAAUUAUGGGCGUCGUCCAAAUGCCGGACAUUAGGUUAUAUUGGGCUGAGAAUAGUAUAUACGGCAACGAUCGUAUAAAGCGGAUCAUGAAGCGUGAUCGUUUCUUGUCCAUUCUGAAGCAUUUACAUUUUGCCGAUAAUGAAACAUGCAGAGUUGAGGAUCCCUUGUAUAAAAUUAGAGACUUUAUGAAAGAAAUUCUUUUAGCAUUCAAGAGUACUGUCACACCGGGGAAAACUGUUGUCAUAGAUGAGAGUAUGAUUUUAUGGCGUGGACGCUUGCGUUUCCGCCAAUACAUAAAAGGGAAACGCCAUAAAUAUGGGAUCAAACUAUACAAGUUGUGUUUACCUAACGGUUAUACGUAUGGUUUAGAUGUAUAUAGCGGAAAAAGCUCAAUAACUUCAACGAAUGGACAUUCAUAUGAUGUUGUAGAGAAACUAAUGAAUGGCUUAUUAUUUGAAGACCGAAUUGUGUAUACCGAUAGCUAUUAUACGAGCGUUCCCUUAGCAAAAUCACUUCUACAAAGACGAACGUACUUUUGCGGCACAGUGCAGCAAAUACGAAAAUUUUUGCCGGUAGAAGCAAAGAAAAAGCAACAACGCGGCGAAAUUCUGGCCAUGGAAAAUAGUUCCGGCAUAAAAUUCGUCAAAUGGACCGAUAAAAGAACUGUCUCCAUGUUAACGACUUGUAAAAAUCAUAAAUGCAUACUAUUCGAAGGAAAACAGGGAAAAAUGAAACCAGAUCUUGUUUUUGACUAUAACAAUGCAAAAAAGGGAGUCGAUUUGUCAGAUCAAAUGGCAUCUUAUUACAGUUGCUUAAGAAAAACAGUGAAAUGGUAUAGGAAGAUCGCAAUACAGCUACUUUGCGGGACAGCAAUAGUAAAUGCAUAUAACAUACAUAAAACAUGGGGUAGUGGUCAAAUGAGCAUUCUCAAAUUUAGGGAAAAAAUUAUUCAUAAAUUGUUAAUAACUGAAGAAAUAUCAGUAAGGCAAAUAAAGGAUAGCAACCUUCAUUUUAUAAACAGAUAUCCGGGCAUUGCAAGAAAUGUUCGCAAGCGCUGCAGGGAAUGUUAUAGAUAA